CGGAAGUACAUUUAUAACCCAGCGUUUCCGGUGACGUAACGCUAGCAUCUGAUGCUACACGCGGGAAACAGGCAAAGCAGCACGAAACAGAGGCAUCAUGGGUGAUAUGCUGGAGUUCAACGAGAUUUAUCAGGAAGUGAAAGGCUCUUGGAAUGACGGACGGCUACGGUUCAGCAAACAAAAUGUGGUUUAUAAGAGCAACAAGACGGGGAAGGUGGACAGCAUUCCUGCUGGUGAGCUCAACUUAGCGCAGUGGAGGCGAGUGUGCUUAGGUCACGGCAUCAAACUCGGCACCAGCACAGGACACGUGUACAAGUAUGACGGCUUCAGGGACACGGAUUUCGAGAAGCUCUCUGAGUUUUUUAAGGCCAACUACAAGAUGGAGCUGGCAGAGAAGGACAUGUGUGUGAAGGGCUGGAACUGGGGGACAGCAAAGUUCUCAGGUCCGCUGCUGUCAUUUGACGUCAACGACAACACAGCGUUCGAAAUCCCCCUCUCCAAUGUUUCCCAGUGUGCAACGGGAAAAAAUGAAGUCACCCUGGAGUUUCACCAGAAUGACGACACAGAGGUCUCCCUGAUGGAAGUCCGAUUUUACGUCCCCCCCAGCCAGGCCGAUGAGCGACAAGAGUCUGUGGAGGCUUUUGCUCAGAAUGUCCUGUCCAAGGCUGACGUCAUCCAAGCCACAGGAGAUGCUGUGUGCAUCUUCAAGGAGCUGCAGUGUCUUACUCCCAGAGGAAGAUAUGACAUCCGUAUCUAUCCGACAUUCCUUCACCUGCAUGGUAAAACUUUUGACUACAAAAUUCCCUACACCACUGUCCUCCGUCUCUUCCUGCUGCCACACAAGGAUCAGAGGCAGAUGUUCUUUGUGAUUAGCCUUGAUCCUCCAAUCAAGCAGGGUCAGACUCGCUAUCACUUCCUCAUUCUCCUUUUCUCCAAAGAGGAGGACAUAAAUCUCACCCUUAACAUGAACGAGGAUGACGUGGAGCGCCGUUUUGAGGGGAAACUCAAUAAGAACAUGUCGGGGUCUCUCUAUGAGGUAGUCAGCAGGGUGAUGAAGGCUCUGGUCAAUCGCAAGAUCACUGUCCCAGGAAACUUCCAGGGCCACUCUGGGGCUCAGUGCAUCACCUGUUCAUACAAGGCUUCUUCAGGCCUCCUCUAUCCUCUGGAGAGAGGCUUCAUCUACGUACACAAACCUCCUGUCCACCUCCGCUUUGAAGAGAUCUCCUGCGUUAAUUUUGCCAGAGGGACCACCACAACACGUUCCUUCGACUUUGAGAUCGAGACCAAACAGGGGAAUCAGUAUACUUUUAGCAGCAUUGAGCGAGAGGAGUAUGGCAAACUGUUUGACUUUGUCAACGCCAAGAAGCUCAACAUCAAGAACAGAGGAUUCAAAGAGAAGAAGGGCAUGAAGGGUAAAAUUGACGACUACAGUGACUCGGACGAAGACAAACAUGAUGCCUAUCUGGAGAGGAUGAAGGCUGAAGGCAAGAUCAGGGAGGAGGGCAACGACAGCGACGAGUCGGAUGCUGAAAGUGACGAAUCCUUCAACCCAGGAGAGGAGGAUGAUGACAUAGCAGAAGAGUACGACAGCAAUGCCAGUGCGAGUGACAGCAGUGAUGAAGGGGAUGACAGCGAAGACGAAAGCUCAAAGAAGAAAAAACCCAAGAAAGUGGUCAAGGAAAAGAAAGAAAGGAAAGAAAGGAAGCCACGCAAAGAGAAAAAGCAGAAGGAUGCAGGCGGUCCUAAGAGGCCCAUGAGCGCCUACAUGCUGUGGCUGAACUCCAGCCGAGAGAGAAUCAAGGCGGAGAACCCCGGCAUCUCCAUCACCGAAAUCUCCAAGAAGGCUGGAGAAAUGUGGAGGGGGCUGGGCAAAGACGAAAAGGAGGAGUGGGACACAAAGGCAGGGGAGGCGAAACGGCAGUAUGACAAAGCAAAGAAGGAGUACAAAGAGAGUGGUGGAGGAUCAACUUCAAGUAGCAAAAAGGAGAGUAAAAAAUCUACCAGCAAAAAGGAGGAGAAGAAGAGGAAGUCUGCUGGAGGUGACAAAGACAAGGAGCGAGGAGGCAACGACAGCUUCAAGAGCAAAGAGUUCAUUGAGACCAGCGAGGAGAGCUCCUCAGACUCCGACCACAAGAGCAAGUCCAAGAGGAAGAAGGAGUCAGAUGAUGAGGAAGAAGAGGCUGUGUCCACCCCUGCCAACUCGGAGGAAGAGUCUGACUAAACAAGUUACGUCAAAGACCCCAAACCAACAAGGACCAACAAUUUAUACUUUUGAUUUCAGACUAGUCGGCAAACUUGAGUUAUACAUAUUUUUCUUUUGUUUAGAUUUAAGACAACUCUAAAUUGUAUGUCUGGAUAAGAAGAGUCAUCUCCGGGUUGACAUCUGAGCAGGCGGCCGGCCCCCUCCCAGCUCAAUGAAGCAAUGGGGUCUUUUGCUUCGCUUGAAUUAUUAAGGUGUUUUUUCCAUCGAGCCCAUGGGAGCUGCUCUGACGGAAGCAGCAGGAAAGACUGUGAGCCCCCGAUUAUGUCAUGUGAAUGAUGCAGAGUAGUGGAUUUUUUGUUUCCCUCCUUCUCUCUGUAUAGUGCUUUUAAAAACAACAUUUUGUGUGUUUUGCUACGCCGUGUUUUCAGGUUGACAUAAAUAAUUUUCAAUAAACCUUAACUUUUUUUCCCCUUUGGUA